AUGAACCCAAUUCUUUUAAAAUCCUUAAACGUUAUUGUAUGUCUCUUACUAAUAGGUGCAACUAUCUUUACACUACUUACGACUGAAUCAUUCCCAAGCAGCAGUGAUAUUAAUAAUGCCACCAAUGCACAAAAUUCAACCAGUUCAUACACUUAUCUUACACCCGCAACUUACACUUUUGGAAUCCUAUUUGUGCUCUAUUUUUGGCUUGUUAUUUUUGUAAUUUAUCAAUGGUUUGUAGAUGAAAUCGAUUACAGUAUUGUUGUUGAAGGAUUUUUCGAAAAUCUCUUGAUUCGUAAAUUGUUUUCUAUUUGGGCAGCUUGCUCUUUAUAUGCUUUAUUUCUAGAUUUUUGGAUUGCUAUCCCCGCUCUUGAUACUGUUCUUUUGUCAGUUAUUGCUUUAAUUAUUUUAAUAAUUAUUGGUUUGUUUGUAGUAGAUUAUUAUCCAAAUCACGAUUUUAUUUUUUCUCUUGUUAUUGUCUGGAUAUUAAUUGGUGUUGCUAUUUAUUCAAUUAAUGUAUUUCCUGUAUUUACAGUUAUUGUAUUAGGAAUUGGUUUGAUUACUGGUGGUAUUUUUAAAUCCAUUUUUAAUAUGUUUUAUGAACAGCAUAAGAGUAUGAACAUUCUUGAUUAA